CCCCCCCGUCACCCCCUCCCCGCACUUCCGCAUGGAUGCGACGUUUCGGCUCCGCUCCGCGUCCUCUGAACCCGCAUCGCUCCUUAGCAGCAGCAGCAGUGUGCAGUCUUAACAACAACAACCACAACUACCACAACAACCACCACCACCACAACAACAACCACCACCACAACCACUACAACAACCACAACCACUACAACAACCACAACCACCACAACCACCCAGCGACAGCCGAUCGCCAUGGAAGCGGCGCCGAACACCUCGGGGAACCAGAGAGGCGAGCUGAAGCACCUCCUCCAGGAAGCUGCCCAGGAGUACAACGUCCUGCACGCCGAGAAUGACAAGGCCAAUGCCAAGUGUGCGCUGCUGGCCCAGGAGCGAGACGCGGCCAUGCAAGAACUCGUGAAGCUCCAACAAGUGUCCCACUUGGUGCUGGAGGAAGUGAAUGCCAUGCAGACGCAGCUGGAAGUGCAGAAGUCGUGCAGGCAGCGUGCAGAAAGCUUCGCGACAACGCUGAACAAGGAGAACAAGAAACUGAAGCGGAUGAGCAUGGCCAUCAUGGCCAAGGUGGGCAUCCACGAGUUUCCAGAUGACCUGCUGGAUGAAGUCUCCAAGGAGCUGGAGCCGUCCGGUGAAGGCGCACCGGCGGCAUCUUCCGCCGCCGCCGUCCCCGCCGCGGAAGCCCCGGCGCCCGCCAACGCGGAGCUCCUCCUCCAGCACCGGCAGGCGGUGAAAGACUUGGAGAUGCGCGUGACGGAGCUCACGGAGGAGCGGACCCGGCUGACGGAGGAGCUGAAGGCUGCGGAGAAGGAAAAGACGCAACUGGGGGAGGUCAUCUUUCACCAGGAGCAGACCUUUACCAAUUACAAUCAUGUUUCUGUUCUGGCGUUGGCGGAAUUUGCGGAAGUGCAGAAACAGCUGGAGCUUGAGAAAGAACUGAGACAGAAGGCAGAGGAGUAUGCACACAAGAUGCUGGUGGAGCAGAAGAAGAUGCAGCGGCAGAGCCAGAUGCUGCUGCAGAGCCACGCGGCCGAGCAGCAGCUGAUGGAGGCGCUGGAGGAUAACGCCACGCUCACCAGCCAGCUGGAGGCAGAGCGGCGCUCGCACCAGCUGCAGGUGAAGGAGCUGCAGGAGAAGUUGGAGAGCCUGGAGCUGCGCAAGGAGCUGGAGUCUCUGCAGCGGCGACUGGAGCUGGCCGAGGAGGACAUGAGGGAGAAAGACGCGCGCACGGAGCGGGCGGAGGCGUCCGCCCGAGACCUCAAGCACGAGGUGGAAGAGCUUCAAAAGCGCCUGAAGAAAGCCACCGAGCCCCCGGCCCCGCCGCCGCUCCCACCCAUGCCCGCUCUGCCCCCCGCAAACCCCCUACGGACGCUCAUCGCGCUGCUGAAGAAGAAGGACGCCGGCCUGCCUUCGAAGGGGAACGCGCCCGAGGGUUCGGCCGCAAACGGCGAGCCGGACUCCCUGGAGGAGGUGCGCAAGAAGGCGGUGGACGAGAUGAUGGAGCGGAUCCGGAGGGGCGUGCCUCUCAAGCCUGUCGGUGGGACCCUGGCUCGAGUCAAGGUGCAGCCUAAGGAGGAGAGCUGCGACAAACCUAACAGCGCCAUUGUGGAACUCAAAGGGAUCCUGAACGUGAUGAAGAAGCCGUCGAACGUGGACAAGACGCAGUCCACCACGGCGCUGAGCGAAGCGGGCGAGACGGAGCUGGAGCGGAUCCUGCGGCGCAGGAAGGAGACCACGGACGACCUGCUCGUCGACGGCAACGAGGGCGGAAAUGGGAACAUGAAAUAUUCCCAGUCUCUGCCAUCCGUGGUUAAGAAGCCAUCUGAGCAAGAAAAGAAAAAUCAAGUCGGCUAAAGAGCUCACUCGGCGUCCACAUCAUCUUCAAAGAGGUAACCUCCCCUCCAGAGCACCACGAAGUCCCCCCUUCACCAGCAACUGGUCCCACGUGCGACCACCGAAACAACGUCCGCUUCAAGCGCAGCUAUGUCCAACGGCACGGUCCUGUUACAGUACCUUCCUGGGGUGCAUCUCUUCAGGGAGCAGAUACGAACACAGCACGGACUUGAAGAACGCUCGCCGCCGCGUCUCCCUCUCUCCCUCUCGGCUGAGUCCCCCCCCCCCCCCCCAUCGUCUCCUCGUCCUCUUGCCCGUGCGUCCCUCUCCCUCCCCGUGCACCCUCCUUUUUGUGCUCGAUAACCCCCCAGCCAGCUCCAGGCCUCAUACCCCUCCCUUCUGUUGCCAUUGUGUCGAGCUCACUCUCACCCACCACCACCACCACCACCACCCCCCGAUCUACCUUCUGUCGCUUGGCUUCGCGACUGCGCUCCACAUCGGUCGCUACAGAACGGGGAGGGGGGGGAAUUGGUUGCGCACUUCGGGGACGUGAUUGAGGUCAAAAUGCGUGCACAAUAAACAAUAAUGGAAGGUCAAGAAAACGCCGAAUAAAAUGCGUAGCAAUACAACAACGUCCACACACGCAAACGGUCGGAUGCGGGCGAUUUGAAAUUGCAUGCGCCGAUCGCCGUGCUAAUCCGCGGAUACAAAAAAAAACCUCCAUACCCACGGGGUUACAAAAUUGGUAUGCUGAAGGAAAACCGUGGGGGUACGUAAGUACCGCAGAUUUUAAAAAAACGCGUUUGGUGAGGGAUUUCUGUAUAUUGAGAUUUUUGUUUAAAACUUGAACUGCAGGUUAACUGCACUUACAGGCUGGAGUGGACUGUUCAGCUCGAUGCUGUUGUUGCUCCGGGUGUUGGAUGAGCUGGAAUAUUUUUUUUUAUUUUGCUUGCUCGCUCUCUGCAGUGAACUGCCUCGAGAGCUUUUCUUCGCCAGGGCUGAGUUGUGCCACACUCCUCCCCAACUCGUCGUUCUCACGGAGCAAGAUUAUCCUUUUUUUGAUUUAAAGCUUUCGUGACUGCAGGGAUUCAUAUUCUUGGUUCUUUCGGUAAAGUCACGUGUGUUGCAGUCGAAACGUCGUGGGAAUUUUAUUGUUUUAUAUUUUUUUUAUUAUUUUAUCGUUUCCCUUCCUACGCGACUUUACGGAAAGAACCAAGAAUACAAGAUUAUCCUGGCAAGAUCCCGUUUUGAAAUGAACUGGUUGCCCUCAGUCCGCGCUGUCAAAUGAUGGCCCGCCAACGAGUCGAGCGAAGAUCUUCUCGCUCCGUGUCAGAGAACUUCCCCCCCACCACCACCACAACCACCACCUGCACCACCAACUCGCACAGGGAGUUGUGCUGUCCCCCACAACUGUGGGCUGGGUGAAAUUGUGCCCACUGGCAUUGGCCAUCGCCCAGCGCGGUGCAACGAGUCACCGCGUGCGGGGCGGAGGCAGCUCCCCCACAGGGUGGGGUGGGAGAGCGCUACUCCCCGAGACAUUUUCCUCUGUCAGUGCAUACCGUGUCAAACCCAUACGGGUGGCCCCGUGUUCUUGUACAGGGGAAUGUAGUUUUCAGUUCCAUACGGCGUGCACAGCCGUUUCAAUACGGACAACAACAAUGUGUCUAUUUGUUUGUGUUUCUCCCUUGUCAUGGGACUUUGUAGGGUGAACGUUGAGAUUCAUAAGGGCACCGGGUGACCAAUAAGGUCUGAAUUGGUCUGUAAACAGGUAGGCGCUGACAAGGGGUUAACAGGUUUGUCAGUGGUUCUCAAUCCUCGUUUUUUUUGCUACUUUACCCCUCGUUUCAACCGAGGGCCGUAUACAACAUAACCCCCCCCUCCCCCCUUGCCUAACCUAACAUGGAUCUGUAUCGUUCCGAGUUACCAAAUGGAUUUUAAUGUUAUCGUAGUUGUUUUAUAUUGGCAGAUUCAUACGACAUGAUUAUUCACCAAUGACUCUCAUGCAUGAUAUCAUUUCACACAUUUAUAAACCACCUCAAUUACCCCCUGGGACAUUGCCAGGUACCCCCCAGGGGCCUACGUACCCCCCCCCCCCCCCGUUAAGAACCACUGCUCGACGUGAUAGAGCAUAAUAUGGACGCACAUUCAUUCAUUGUUAAUAUCCCAUAACAUACGUCUUAUCAAUGCGUAACAGUAAUAGUCACGACUCGAAUCAAACACCUCGUCCUAUCUCUCACUUACGUUUGUCUCUUACAUGUAACGUGAAGUCGUGGAAUUGGAAUAUGUGAGGAGUAAACGUGUUUGCUUUCAGGCCCAUACCUUGAUGAACGAGCCUUAAAACCAAAUGCCUAGCUACGUUUGCACUGUUGAUUCAGUUGAGGAAGUUUAAACAGUGGUCAUAUCGGCACUUGAAAGCAAAAUAGACUUUAAAUAACAAUGCUGAUAUUCGAGGUGCCUAGCAGCUGGUUUUCUUCAGCAUUGUGUUCUGUUGAUGCUGUAUGUCUGGUCCUUACAACGGUCAGUGAUAUAUUUGGUAAUAUAAUUUAAUUCGAAUGCCUAAAUAUUGCUUUUCAAAUCGACGGUGAUUAAGUUCUAAACGCUUAACAUUUUUAACGGUUUAAUGACAGACUUAAUGAUUCGUUCCUCAGGUCAGUCUGUCUUUGACAGGUUGACAUGAUUUAGAACAUCAUCAUAUCUUGAUUAGAUUAAUUAAGUUCUAAGCUACGGAUUAUUAUUUUCUGAAUUGUUCUGUGCUUAGUGAUGUUUGUGCGUUUUCAGGUGAUGGACAAAUGCAUUGAGUGUGCUGCACGUGGUGCUGUGAGGUCGUGGUAAAGCUUUAGGCUGUUGGUGUUGUGUUUGAGCCCAAACUACUGUCAUGUGCAGACAAUGUAUGUACUAUGCCCUUUCAACAACAACAAAAACUACACACGCCAUGUACCUUAAACUUCGUUGUUUUGCUAUUUUUUUAGUCUUUGUGUUUUCAAAUAGGUCGUUAGCAAUUGUUGUGAUAUUGUAGGUACUGCAGUUAACAAUCUGCUAGUUUUUUUUAAACAGUAUGCAUAAACUGAACUCGGUUUGUAAUUGUAUGAGAGAAUCUUUUUUUUCAUUCUCGUGACCGAAUCGGUUUUUUUAAAUGGUAAAUUAUAUCAAAGUGAAUGGAUUAUGUACAAGAUUUAAGCUAUUGGUGUUUCUGAAUGUUUGAAGAAAGGAUUAAAUAAACAUGAAUUGCUUGUCAUGAAGGACAAUA